AUGGGCCUUUCUGCAGAAUCAAAUAAUAAAAACAGUAUAGUGGAUGCAGGAGUGUUGUCUCUGGGGCUGGAUAACGGCACAAGAACUAAUAUUAACAAUAAUCCUACAGUUGGAAGUCGUGCUGCACCAACUAACUUUCAUUCCAUGUCCGCCAUUAUUAAGGAUGUCAAGUGUGUCUCUGAGACUGAAUGGGUGUCUCAGGUGUUCUAUGCUAUCAAAGAAAGAUUUGGAAGGAUGCCUAGAGGUGGCUGGGAUCUCAUUCUGAAAAAGUUCAAUGAAAAAUACUUAAAGUGCUCAAGUCUAUAUCAACUAAAAAAAAUGGUCAAACCACUAAAUGGGAAUCAAAAUGUAGGGAAAAGAGGCGAUUGUAGUGAAGGAAAAUCUAACAUGAAUAUUGAAAUUUCUAACUUCAAGAAUUGUCUAGAAGAACUCAAAGUCCAACUCGAAAGAAUCAAAUCUAUUCCUAGAGAGUCUCGAAAACCUACCCCAAAAAUCCAAAAAAAUAGAGUGAAAACUAAUAUUCUGUCUGGAUUGAAUUCUGCAAUUUAUCGUAUUACAGAAGAUAAUCCUCCACAAAAUAUGGAUCAGAUUACAGACAUAUUAUAUGCUGCACAACAAGCAUUACCUCAAUCUGAAAAGAAAAAUGUAAUGGAUAUUCUUUGCCGCUACGGGUAUAAAAAAUCUAAAAAGGGAGAGCUAAUGAGAAUUGAGGCCUUAAUGAAUGACCUAAUCAGAAUUAAAGAGAAACAAAUAUCCAUUUAUAACUCGAGGAAAGAGUUCCGAAAAGACAAUGCGUGCUUCGAAUUAAACCGUAGAAGGUUUUACCGAAACUUAUCGUCGAAUAAUGAGGUAACCUUAUAUGGCUUUGAUGAUGAUGACUGCUUGUUAUUCUGGGAGAACGUCUGGAGAAAGAAAAAUAUGGAUCACGUUUCGUAUAAUUGUGUGGAUGUGAGGUCUACCGGUGGUGAAGCUAUGGAACCUCAAUUCACAAAUGAGUUGGUUAAAGAUAUGCUCAAAUAUGCGCCUGAUUGGAAGGCGUGCGGAUGCGAUGGAACAUAUAACUUUUUCAUCAAGAAAAUGAAAUCAUUACAUGAAUUCUUGUGUAAUGAAGUAAUCCGGAUAAUCAAGGGUGAGUACAUGCCCGAGAGUUGGUUUUACACAGGAUUAACUUACUUGAUUCCAAAAAAGGAUGAUUGUGAGAAUCCAAAGGAUUUACGCCCUAUAACGUGUAUGCCAACUUUGUACAAGCUUGUAACGAAGUGUGUGAAUGUUAAACUCUCUGAUUUUGUGGAUGGACUUGGGCUGAUUUCAGACAAUCAACUUGGAACCAGAAAGCAAUGUCAGGGUGCGAAAGAGCAGGCACUUAUUAAUCAAUGCUUGAACAAGGAAUAUGGAAACAGUCUGUACUCUGCUUGGGUGGAUGUAAAGAAAGCCUUUGACUCGGUUGAUCACCAAUUUUUAUUCCACAUAUUGGACAGCUCUGGAAUUCCACUCUGGAUUAUUAACUUUGUGAAAAGUAUAGUCAAGAAGUGGAAAGUAAAUCUACAUCUUGAUGGAAGGAAAAUUGGUUCAGUAAAGCUAACCCGAGGAAUUUUACAAGGAGAUUCAUUAUCCCCAUUGCUAUUUGUUAUGGUAAUGGAUCCCCUAAGCAGGAUCCUGAACUCUAAAUUCCCCAAAUUGCAAAUUAAUCAGGAGGAUCUAAAUAUGUUGACAUAUUCUACCAAUCACCUAUUUUUUAUUGACGAUCUAAAGAUAUUUGCUCUUAAAGAGGACAGUGUUAUUAAAAUGAUGGAAGCUGUUAAAGAAUUUUUUGACAUCGUUGGCCUGGAGAUGAACUCUGAAAAAUCGGCCUCUAAUGUCAAAUCUUUAUCAUGCUGUGAGACUUUGGAAGGAAUCAAUGGAUAUCGCUAUUUGGGCGUAUUUGAAGAUGGAGGAAGUAAUGUCCUCAAGAAUAAACCAUAUGAAUUUGAUGACAUUGAUAAACAAAUACGUCGACUGCUCAUGACACUCAAGUUACAUCUCCAGCCUGCAAAUAAAGAAAGGCUGUAUUUAGACCGCAAAACUUUUGGAAGAGGACUUGCCUCCAUCUCGUUCAAGAGCGAAUUAAUACUCAUGCAAUUCCUUAAAAGCUUGGAAAAACAGUCGGCUGUGUGUUUGCGAAGGUCGGGGAUUCUGCGAGUUAUUAAAACAAAGAAAUGGCAUUUGGCUACAAUCGCAGGAUUUCUUACCUCUAAAUACGCUAUUGCUGACACAGAAAGCAUAGAUAUUAAUUCUCUCAAAGACAUUCAGAAAAAAUAUUUGCUAAACAAAAUAAAGUCCAAGUCACUACACUCUGUUAUGUUCAAAUGCCUGGAUGAAUCAAAUGUCGAUCUUUCUACUUCCUCAGAAUGGUUAGCCAAAGGAAAUAAUGGCCCCCGAAGUGAAGCAUUAUACUGCCUUCUGCAAGAUAGAAAUUUGUUUUUUGCAAACACGAGGCCGUUAUGCAAUCAUUGUAAAAAAAGUAAACAAACUGUUGAUCAUCUGGCCACUCAGUGUGGUAAAAUGCUCAAUAGCGAUUAUCUCCGAAGACAUGACGAGGUGGUUAAAUGUGUCCAUCUUCAUAUUUGUCGAAUGUAUGGAAUCAAAAAGAACAGGAAAUUAAAGACUCAUUCAGUUCAGUCGAUAUUGUCAACUCAAAAUGUAGAAAUUAGAGUUGACACGUCAAUUAUAACAGAAAAUAAAGUCAACUUCAAUAAACCGGAUAUCUUUGUUUAUGACAAGAUUAAAAAGGAAAUAACCUUAAUCGAGGUGGGCAUAACAUCUCAGGACCGCUUAAAACAAGUGGAAGUUGAGAAACUUCACAAAUAUGAUUUCCUUGCAAAUGAACUAUCACUACUCUACGAAUGCCAAGUUAAAAUUAUUCCCGUGGUUCUGACCUGGGAUGGUGUUGUCACAAGAUGCUUCAAAAAUUAUAUGGAUAAACUAUAUAUUGAAAAAUCUACAAUGACAUACAUCCAAUCGGUUGUGCUCAAAAGGACGCUAGAGAGCAUGAUAAUUGAACACAAGCAUGGAAUGAAAAUAACUGGCGAGGAAUAUGCCUCUGCGACCGAUCAACUAGUAGAAAUGGCAUGCCGCCAGGACACUCCAUUCAAAGAUAAAAGACGCACAACAACUGACGCAGAGAUAGAGAAUGAAGAGGAACAAGCAGCAGACUCUUCUCCUAAAAGGAGAAGAGAGACUACCAAUCAGGAUUGA